GAGAGAAAGAUUCCUGUGGAAGACCCGAACAAGCUGCCGACCCGGGAAUGGGGAGACUUUUCCGAGGGAGACAGCACAGGAUAUCCUGGUUACUUGGACGACGAAGACAUGGUUGAGCAAGCUCAGGAAACCGGUGAAGAAGAGGACUUGGAGACUGAUGCAGUCGUCGAGAUCCCCGACGACCCGAGUGGCUUCCCUAAGACCCCUUGCAAGCCCCAUGCCAAGCUGCCGCCGGUGGACAGUGACUCCGAGGCAGCUGCAGCCGCAGAUGCCUUUGCAGAAGAUGCUGAGCAGAAUGCCGAUGCCCAGAAGGAUUGCGCCGGGAAGGGCGGGUUAGGGCAGGAUUUCAUUCGGGAUUCGGGCUCUGCUAAAACUCCUCAUGUGCAGGAGAGACGAGGUAUGAAGAGGCCAGCAGCCUAUGUUUCUGAGGGGCUAAAGCAAUCGGCCGAGAAGCUCCAGAAGCAGCUCUCCGAGAAGUCCGUGCAUGAAGGCGGCAUCCUCGAGGUGCAAGCGAAGAUCAGGAAUGCUGCCUGCUUGUCCGAGGUGCAGAAAGACGAAGCCUUGCACGGCCAAGGCAGCUCCUCACGCGGCCGUGGCCGGGGGGGCCGCAAUCGUGGCCGUGGGCGGGGCCCAAGUUCCGGAAGGGGCAGCAAGGAGGUCGUGGAUCAGGAUUUGGAUGCAGAGGACGACAAGGCGACGAACGAUGUGCUUUUGGAGGGGAAUGAGACCGACAAGCCCAAGAAGCAGGGGAAGCUCCUUAAGAACAAGCCGAAGGUGCAGGCGAAGACAACCGAGGAGGACGAGCCGAAGAAGCAGGCGAAGGCGAAGACCACCGAGGAGAACAAGCCGAAGAAGCAGGCAAAGGCCAAAGCAAAGGGACCAGCGAAGAAGAAGCCGUCGGCGGCACCGGCCGAAGUCACGGGGCCCACGACUCUGGAACAGGACUGUCCGUCGCUUAUCCCAGAACAGAUCAUAUAA